AUAUUUUGCGUGUUUGUUUAACGACAGCGCUGUCAAGUCCUUUCCGAUUGUUGGUCCGUGUUGUGGCGCACCAGCAAUAAAAUUUUGCAAUCAUGGGUCGUAUGCACACACCCGGAAAGGGUAUUUCGCGGUCUGCCCUUCCGUACCGCCGAAGUGUGCCAACGUGGCUGAAGCUCACCUCGGAUGAUGUCAAGGAACAGAUCUUCAAGCUGGCCCGUAAGGGUCACACCCCAUCUGAAAUUGGUGUGAUUCUGCGUGACACCCUUGGCGUCGCCCAGACCCGCUUUGUCACUGGCAACAAGAUUCUGCGCAUCCUGAAGAGCAAGGGCCUUGCCCCCGACAUUCCCGAGGAUCUGCACUGCAUGAUCAAGACGGCCAUUGCCAUCCGCAAGCAUUUGGACAAGUUCAGGAAGGACAAGGACUCCAAGUUCCGUCUGAUUCUGAUCGAGUCGCGGAUCCACCGGCUGGCGCGCUACUACAAGAAGAAGCAGGUGCUGCCGCCCACCUGGAAAUACGAGGCCGCUACCGCCUCGGCCCUCAUCAGCUAGGUUCCACGCCGCCCUACGUGACAUGUGACGCGAUAAAUAAAAAAAACUUCAAAAA